AUGCUUUCCCUCUCCGCCUAUCUCCUGCCUCUGGCAAUCCUCUGCCAGUGGGUCAUGGCCCUCCCUCCCGCCGUGCAGAUUUCCCCCAACCUCAAAGUCGCGAACCCGGCAUCAGUAUUCGACCACACUGAUGCAUACCCCAUGCCCAACGCCGGCAACAUCUCAGCCCACGAUCCCAACAUCCUCGAACACGACAACACCUUCUACAUGUUCAAGGGCGGCGUGCACAUCCCCUACUACAAGGCCACCGACCUGAGCGGUCCCUGGGAGAAAGUCGGAACUGUCCUCUCCAAGGACAGCAUCAUUCCCGACCGCCAGAAUGCAACUCGUCCCUGGGCUCCUACGACUGUUGAGUACAAGGGCAAGUUCUACUGCUUCUACUCGCUCAGUCAGGCUGGCAGCCAGAAGAGUGCUAUUGGUGUUGCUUCGACUGAGGACAUUGCUAAGGGCUCCUGGACGGACCAUGGCAGUCUGAUCGUGACUGGCAAUGACAAUCAGGGUUCGCCUUACAAUCUGACCAACGCGAUUGACCCGUCCUUCGUUGUUGACCAGAAGACCAAGACCCCGUACUUGAACUACGGCAGCUACUGGCACAACCUCUGGCAGGUCGAGUUGGAGGAUGACCUGCUGUCUGUGAAGCACGACACGAACACUACUAUUGAGGUUACCCAGAAGAAGGGCAAGGACAACAAGAAGAACCAGGUCAAGGGGAUCGAGAACCUCAAGGCCACGCAGCUCACCUUCAUGCCGAACCGCAAGGACAGACCCGAGGAAGGAUCCUGGAUGAGCUUCCACGACGGCUACUACUACAUGUGGUUUAGCCAGGGCAAGUGCUGCGACUUUGAGAAAGGAUUCCCCAAGAAGGGCGACGAGUACCACAUCCGCGUCGGCCGCUCCAAGAACGUCAGCGGACCCUUCAAGGACAAGAAGGACAACGACCUCCGCAACGGCGGCGGUACCACUGUCUACGCUUCCAACCACGGUCUUACCUACGCUCCUGGUGGUCUGGGUGUUCUCCCUGGUAACGACCAGCGCCGCGAUGUUCUCUACUAUCACUUCUUGGACACCAGAGUUGGCUUCGAGCACGCCCAAGCUCAGCUGGGCUGGAACUACCUCGAGUACGACAACGGAUGGCCCGUUGCUAGCAAGGACGGCAACAACGAUAAGAAGAGCGGCAACAAGCAAGCUACAGCUACCGCUACCACUGCUACUACUGCUACGGCUAAGGAUAAGGCUACACAGACAAACGGCUCUCCCAAGGAGACAGCCUCGCCUAAAAAAAACUCUCAGUGA